ACAGUGGAUCAUUAUCAGCUGAAGGAGCACCCGCGUCGUCAGCUUGUUCUGUUUACUUUCACGGUCGUCUACAGCGACAAAUCAGAACAGUUCGCCUACACAUCAGCCCAUUUUCAUGUGAUCAAACUGCAGCCGCAUGAAACAGUUACUAUAAAAUGUCACGCCAGUUUGCUUGGUUUAGGCGAGGCAAUGGAUGUUGAGUGGUGGAGAGAAGAUGCAGUUGUUCCCACGGCCAAUUCAACCCUCUCUGUUUUACAUGAUCAGGAUUUGGGAUUAUAUCGGUGUUUAGCCGACGUAGCUAUUGUAUCAGUUGACCUUCUGGACAGUUAUCUUGUAAAUAGUCGAGUGAAGCGUUCCGGUGAAAUGCCUUCAGGCAAAGUGUUGAGUAGUGGAAUUAUUGUGGAACGCAUGGUACCACGCCAUUUCAUCGUCCAUCCAAAGAAGUAG